GAUCAGUACCAAUCUCCAAAAUCUAUAGGAAUAGGACUGAUGGCAGCUCAAGCAAUUGAACUGAAGAAAGCCUGUGUUAUCGGUGGCAGUGGAUUUUUGGCAUCAUUUCUGGUGAAGCUAUUGCUCCAGAAAGGGUAUGCAGUGAAUACAACCGUUCGGGAUCCUGGUAAUCAGAAAAAGAUCACUCACCUAUUGGCACUACAGAGUUUGGGAGACUUAAAAGUUUUUAAAGCAGAUCUUACAGAUGAAGCAAGCUUUGAUGCCCCUGUAGCAGGCUGUGACCUUGUCUUUCAUGUGGCCGCCCCAGUCAACUUUGCCUCUGAGGAUCCAGAGAAUGAUAUGAUAAAACCGGCAAUUCAAGGAGUUGUCAAUGUUCUAAAAGCUUGCGUAAAAGCUGGAUCAGUGAAACGCGUAAUUUUUACCUCCUCAGCUGCAGCUGUAACCAUCAACGAACUUAAGGGUACAGGGCUGAUUAUGGAUGAAGGGAACUGGGCAGAUGUUGAGUUUCUGACUUCUGCAAAACCACCUACUUGGGGGUAUCCUGUCUCCAAGACUCUAGCUGAAAAGGAAGCUUGGAAAUUUGCUGAAGAGAAUAAGAUUGAUCUCAUUACCGUCAUUCCAAGUCUCAUUGCUGGUCCUCCCCUGACACCAAACGUUCCCUCGAGCGUCAAUCUUGCGAUGUCCUUGAUCACAGGAAACGAGUUCCUCAUUAAUGGCUUGAAAGGGAUGCAGAUGCUCGCAGGAUCAAUCUCCAUUACACAUGUGGAAGAUGUCUGUGAAGCCCACAUUUUUUUAGCUGAGAAAAAAUCGGCUUCCGGUCGUUACAUUUGCUGCGCUGCCAAUACUAGUGUUCCUGACCUCGCAAAGUUUCUGAGUAAAAGAUACCCAGACUACAAAAUCCCAACAGAAUUUGAAGGUUUUCCAUCCAAAGCAAAGUUGAUCAUCUCAUCAGAGAAGCUUAUCAAAGAGGGUUUCAAUUUUAAGCAUGGAAUUGAGGACAUUUAUGAUGACGCCCUUGCUUAUUUCAAGGCUAAGGGUUUAUUGCAGCAUUGAAGACUUUUUCUUUUCCUUUUCUAAGUGAAAGCAACUCUAUCCUGCAGUUGAAUAAACCAAUGUAGCUACCUGUUGUAUCUAUUGAAGUCUCCCAGGUGUCUAUCUGCUGAAGUCACUUUAAUUAAAACUAGUGAAAUACUUAAUAUAUAUAAUCCUUUGCUUGGUGCAUGUGCAUCCUAAAUGCUUAUGGAUUUGCUCAAUUGGAGUUGAA